CGUUCGCCGUCUUCAGUGCUCAUUUCACCACGUUUAAACGUAGCAUACCAAUCAAUGAUGGUUGAUUUUCAGACCCCAGAAGCAUUUUUCCGUUUCCUAUGUGGCUAGCGCAACCAGUUGCUCUAAACCAUUAGGGAACGGAGACGGAGACAACUCCGUUCCCUACGUGGCUAGCGCAACUCGCACAUUUAUUAACCAUGCUUUCUGCGUACAUUUUUCACAUAUACAUCUAUAUUGUUAUAUUUAUUUUUAAAUUGAUAAUUUAAUUUUUUUUCCUGAGAUCAGGCUCAUUUUAGUUAUUUAAUUUCCCAAUUUAUAUCGAAUAUUAAAUCAAAAUAAAUGAGAAAUAUUUAUAUAUAAGGUGUCCCAUCAAAAAUUCAGUAAAAAACCCAAUAUCUCUGAAACGGGUGAUAUUUUUGAGAAACCGAUGCUUUUCGAUAAAUCUGGGGUAAAAAACUGCGCUAAAAAAUAUAGGUCGUCUAUUUUAGAAACACCAACUGUCCUUUAUAUCUGUAAAACGGUAAUUUAUUUCUAUUAUCUAUUGUGAGUAUCAGAGUAUCAUAUAAAUUUAUUUAUUCGCAUGUGAAAAAAUCGGCCCUAAGUCUUUUAUUGAUCUCGAGGAUGCUUUCAGUGAGCAUCGAAUUUGGUACAUCCCUCGUCACUCCAGUGCUUUGUUUCAGAAAUCAUUCACCUACCAGGCCGCUAAGAUGUUCAAUACAUAUCUCAUUGAUCACUUACAUAUCUCCGAAUUUCGGAUGAAGCGUGUUCUGAGAGCUAGACUUCUCGAAUUAUCGAGUUAGUAUUUAAUAUGGACUCUUUUAUUUUAUCUGUCCUGUUAUACCUUUUUAUCAUAUUGGAUAUGUUGUUUUGAUUUUUGUUUCAUGAAACCUAUUGACAUGUUUUCUUUCUUUUCUUCUCCUCUCUAGAGUAAAAAACGCUAUUGUAAUAUUUGUAUGUAUCGUGCUGCACAGGUUGAGUGUAAGAAUAGCCUGAGGCUAAACUUCGCCUGUGUUGUACUGAAAAAGAAAAAUAAAGACGUUUAUUAAAUGCUCAGAAACGUUGCCAUUGAUAAAUUGUAUACAACUGUUCCUUGUGACUGAUAUUCCUAACCACUGAAUUUAUAUUUUUAAAUCAUUUUAAUGGUUAUGAGUCGUUCGAACUAUUGUUUGGUUCCUCAGUGUUCUUCCUCGAAAAAAAAAGUUCAAAUAUCAAUUUCCACGCUUUUCCUCAAACUGAUAAUAAAUAUCGUGUUUGGGUGGAAUGGAAAUUGGGGAGUAAAGAGCUGAUGGAUCGACAAAAAGCUUGGCAACUGAAACUCAAAAUCGGCAAACUAGUGACAAGAAAUAUGAAAGUAUGUUCCCUGCAUUUUAUCGAGAUUCCAGUUUUACACAAAGAGAGUUUUUGAAAAAACGGCUGUGCCUUCCAGAAAUCUUCCUUAUAGAUCCACUACCUCAAAGGAAGAACCUGAAUGUUCUAUUAGUAGAUCUGAAAGAUUGAGACAAAGAAGUAUCAACAAAGAAAAACUUGUUGCUGAAGAAUGCUCUUGUGAAGAAAUCAAACCUGCUGUACAAACUUCUUCCCAAGAUGAAAUCGAAACUGCAUAAGGUCUAUUACAGCUUCUUCAGGAUCAGCCUGAUUAAAAUGGACCUAAAACUUUCAAGGAUUUCGAAAUGCAAGUGAAUACUCCUUAGGUGUCUUCUUUGUGUGACCUGAUAAGAACAGAUAGUGUUCUAGUUUUACUGGUCUCAAUAAUAUAAAACUAUUAGAUACAAUAGAAAAAACAUAACAAUCUGUUUACAGCGAUCAAAGAUCACAUCGUUCAACAAUCAGCAUAUUGUUUUAGUACUAACAAAAUUGAAAUGUGAUCUUACAUAUAUUAUAUUAUCUCUUUUUUUUGCAUUUCAUAAGAAUUGUACCAUAUACAUAUAUGAAAUGCUACCCAUUUUGAGUAGAGUUAUAAGUUAUGUUAUAACAAUUCCAGAUUUUCCUGAAAUACAGAAAAAUAUGCCAAAAUUAUUUGAAUGUUUUCACAUAUUAGAAUUAUUUGCAGAAUAUAGAUUUUUUAGGAAUUAGAUCAUUUGAAAAUUGUAGAGUGACUCGGUUUUGCUCAGAGAUGGCGCCAUAGUUGUAAUGCGCCACGCAACAUCGACCCCGGCGUAUUUGAAGGGGUCGUCGCGAAGCAACCGAUUCACUUCUCACCCAAGAGUGUGGGAAGGUGUGUCUUAGGCAGAGAUCGUUGGAUUGCCUAACUGAAGAGUCCACCAGCGAUCUCGGGACCAAACACAAUACCCCUCGGGAGAGGGCGCACCUAAAUCUUGGCUCGAAAAAGCCUCGCCAAAGUGGUGACCCCAACGUGAUCAACGUCAAUGUUAUGAGUGACAGGGACGAUUUGCUCGCGGACAUAACUCCAAUCGCCAAGAUGCCGAACCAAUCCGCCGCAGCACUCACUCCAGAAGUACUCGCACGCCUCAAAAUCCCCGUAUUCACCCCAGAUGACCCGGAAGUAUGGUUCCAGCAAGUCGAGUGGUCACUCGAAGAUGUCGGUCUAACAGCCAGCUCGGCCAAAUUCCGUCAGGUUGCAAAAUCACUCGACGGAAGGUACGCGAAAGAGGUCCGCGACCUGAUUAUCAACCCUCCAGCCGAAAAGCCUUACGAAACGCUAAAAGAGCAACUUCUCCAACGCCUGGGGAAAUCGCAGGCCCAAAAGACGCGGCAACUUCUGGAGAGGGUAGAAAUUGGAGACCGGAAGCCAUCCCAGUUUCUGCGGUACCUGCAACAGCACGCUGGGGACAACGCCGCAGACGAGAUCGUCCGCGCCCUGUGGAUGGAGCGGAUAAACCCCCUCGCUCGCGCCAGCAUUGCCGCACAGGCCGCCCAAACAAACGUCACCAUGGACGACCUGGCCAAGACCGCCAAAGUGGUGACCCCGACGUGAUGGCGGAAAGCUGCGGCGUUGGAGCGCAGAGGCGACUCACUGCCCCGCUCAACGUUACGGCUACUGGGGUGUCCAUCGGACACUAGAGCCGAUGGCACGCCGAGCCUCGUGUUUCGUCAUCACAGCACGCAAGCGCUUUCUCCCCCCUGGGACCACCUGCGUACCUCCUCCUCAGGAGGGUCGUCGUUACUGGUGGGGGGGUAUGUAGUGACUCGGUUUUGCUCAGAGAUAGCGCCAUGGUUGUAAUGCGCCACGCAACAUCGGCCCCGGCGUAUUUAAAGGGGUCGACGCGAAGCAACCGAUUCACUUCUCACCCAAGAGUUGGUUUUGUUUCUUCCCACCUUUCGGUUUUAGCUCUUUGGUCUUUCGCUCUUAGCUACCCACUAUCUAGUUCAUCAACCCUUUGCGCCAAUUUCCAGUUUCUAAAUUUGCGAGUCCAGUAUUACUUCAUUUGCCCACUCAUUAGCCUUCUGUAUGUCUGUGUCAUUUUUUUUUCUUCCAUCCUUCCUCAAUUGAACCAUUAGGUCUCCAUAUUUCUUUUCUAUAUUUUCUCUUGCUGUUUGUCUGAAAUCAAAUGUACAAUGUUGUCUUAUAUGUGUAGCGUCCUCUUCCUCGUUUCUGUCACAACCACAUUUUCCCGUUGUCUCCUUCAACUUGAACCUUUUCUUGUAUGACUCCAUGUUUCGAUGACCCGUCAUCAACUGCGAUGCCUUGAAGUUGAGCUGUAUUAACUCGUUGCCCACUU